UGUAUUUCAAUAUGUCCUUAGGAGAAAACUAUGCCUGAGUUGUAUGAACUGGUUAUGAAUUACAAACCUGAUGUAAUUUGGUCAGAUGGUGAUUGGGAAGCAACAGAUAAAUACUGGAAUUCGACAGAGUUUAUUGCAUGGCUCUAUAAUGACAGUCCAGUGAAAGACACUGUUGUGGUUAAUGACCGAUGGGGAAGUGGAAUUUCUUGUCACCAUGGAGACUUUUACACUUGCAAAGAUAGAUAUAACCCUGGUAAAUUGAUAAAUCACAAAUGGGAGAAUGCCAUGACUAUUGAUAAGUAUUCCUGGGGCUACCGGCGCCGUGCUCGCUACUCUGACUAUUAUACCAUUGAAGGGCUGAUAUCUCUACUGGUCGAGACCAUCAGUUGCGGAGGAAACCUUCUAAUGAACGUUGGACCCACCCACGAUGGACGUAUUGAUCCACUGUUUGAAGAAAGAUUGCUCCAAGUUGGUCAAUGGCUCAAAGUCAAUGGAGAGGCCAUCUAUGCCAGCAAACCUUGGACCCACCAGAAUGACACGUAUACAAAGAAAGUUUGGUACACCAGUAAAAUGGAGAACAACACAAAAGUCGUGUAUGCUACUACGUUGUUUUGGCCAAACAAUAACAUGCUCAUCCUUGGAGCUGCAAAACCAACCUCAGCCACAGUUGUCCGCAUGCUUGGUUAUCCAAAUACAUUUACAUACAGUUACUAUUCUAUGACUGGGCUUAAAAUUGACCUACCAGACCUCCCUAUAUCAAGCUUACCGUGUGACUGGGCAUGGGUGUUUAAAAUUACAAACCUUGAUGAAUAAAUUUGAUGUAUUUGUCUGUCCAUCCAUCUCUCUCUCUCUCACAACAUAAGGAUAAAAUCAUGUUAAAAUCAGGUAGUCAGCAUGCAAUAAAAAUUUAUAGGUAAUUUAUACAUUAAAUUAAUAAUAAUAUACACAUAGGUGCUGGAGUGGCUGUGUGGUAAGUAGCUUGCUUACCAACCACAUGGUUCCGGGUUCAUUCCCACUGCGUAGCACCUUGGGCAAGUGUCUUCUACUAUAGCUUCGGGCUGACCAAAGCCUUGUGAGUGGAUUUGGUAGACAGAAACUAAAAGAAGCCUGUCAUAUAUAUGUAUGUAUAUGUGUGUGUGUGUGUGUGUGUGUGUGUUUGUGUGUCUGUGUUUGUCUUCCCAACAUCGCUUGGCAACCUAUGCUGGUGUGUUUACGUCCCCGUAACUUAAUGGUUUGGCAAAAGAGAUUGAUAGAAUAAGUACUAGGCUUACAAAGAAUAAGUGCUGAGGUCGAUUUGCUCGACUAAAGGUGGUGCUCCAGCAUGGCCACAGUCAAAUGACUGAAACACGUAAAAGAGUAUAUGACCUUGCUCUUGGUAUGAUAAUGCAAGAUCACCGAAUAUGUCGUCAGAUAGCCGAGAGACUGGGCAUCUCAAAUGAAAGAGCAGACAACAUUGUGAGAAAAAAACUUGGGUUCUCAAAGGUAUCUGCAAGGUAGGUCCCUUGCCUUUUGACUCCUGAACAGAAACGCACCAGGUGCACUUUGUCCAUGAGCAAUCUGGAACUGUUUGAAGCUGAUGAAGAGAAUUUUCUUGCUCGUUUCAUUACUAUGGACGAAAGUUGGGUCCAUCACUACCAGCCUGAAACCAAAGAACAAUCAAAGCAGUGGAAGCACAUUAAGGGAGCAAGAGUUUAAAAAAAUGACCUAUGUCCAGCAUGGUUGAAUGCCAAGGCAUUCAGAUACUACCAAAAAACUUCAAAAAUAUACAUGGAUUGUAGAUGAGCAAGUGAAAAAAUGUGAAAUCUUUUUAAUGUUUUUUCACUUGCUCGCCUACAAUCCAUGUAUAUUUUUGGAGUUUUGCAGUAGUAUCUGAAUGCCUUGGCAUUCAAGCAUUUUAGACAUAGGUCAUUUUUUUCGACCUUGCUCUCUUAAUCUAAUUAUAUACGUAUAUGUAUAUAAUUAUUAAUUUAAUGUAUAUAUGUGUGUGUGUGUAUACACACUCAUGUACUUGUUAAAGCUGACAGAAGCAGUAUUUGUCUCAAAAAGCAUCUCUUAUAGACGUGUAGUGUUAAAAAGCACAGAAAUAUAUCAGAAGCAGAUGAAAAUAGUCCAGCAGCCAGGAUUUGGAAAAAUUGUGACUGUGAAAUCGCUGAUGUUGCAAUUAGCUGACCAGCUAGAUAAAAUUUGCUAUUAGCAAUGGAAAAGUGAAUGCUAAAAUAAAGACGAUAUAUGUAGAUAUAAUCUCUCUGUGUGUGUGUGUAUUGUAUAUACACAAACACAUGAAGAUAAGGUAUACUUUCUAUGAUACCAUUCUCAUCUUGGAUGUGCUUUCAUUUUGACUACUUAAUUACCAUAUGUUACUCGGACGGGGUCUUACCAUUUCUGGUUCUGAUCUAAUGGGACCAGUUAUGGUUUCUAAGGCCAAUUGUUCCCAUGACAGAUUUGGAGGUAUUAAAUUUCAUUUGUCAUAGAUUGGCCCAAGUUUCUAAUAUUUUUUAUUCAGAUUUGACAAGACAUAUAUGUGCAUACAUACAAACACAGAAAAUGAAAAAAAAUAUAAACAUAUUUCUAUUUUUGGUCAAAUUCUAAUUUCAAAGAAAGGACAUUUUAAUUUUUGAAACUUAACUUUUGGAUGAAUUAUAUAAUAUUAAAUGGAAAAAAUAAAUUUGUAUUUUCUAA